AUGUUGUGUGCAGUCACGUGCUGGACGCUCUAUCAAGGAGUGCCUCGAUUCGAGUGUCCAACGCAAACCCCAAGCGCAGCUGGUCGGGCUCUUCAAGCUCAAUUGGCACUUCUUCUCCCCGCUUCCGGGCCGCCGGGACUCAGGCUUUCUUCUUGCCUGUUUCUUGAUGGUGGCUCUUGCCAGCCAGAGAUCCGCCUUAGAGCUGGAGAAGCCAAUCGAUAUCCAACGGUUGAGCACUUGUGUCGACUCUUGGCCUCUUUAUCCACUUCAAGUUGCAGGGAGAUGCAAGUGUUGCUAUGUUUUGGUCUUCAAACUCGAACGGGCAAGCAAAGAAGCACGGUUCAAAUCUAG